ACAGGGCUCUGACGUCAGCCCGGCCUAUAAGAGGCCACUGGCAGAGGGCUGUGGGCUUGGACUCGGACCUCGCUGCCAUGCCCACCCCAAACGCCGCCACGCCGCAGGCCAAGGGCUUCCGCCGCGCCGUGUCUGAGCUGGAUGCCAAGCAGGCUGAGGCCAUCAUGGUGAGGACGCAUUCCCCACGGUUCAUCGGACGGAGGCAGAGCCUCAUUGAGGAUGCCCGCAAGGAGAGGGAGGCGGCGGAGGUGGCAGCAGCGGCGGCGGCGGCCUGUUUGGAGCCCGGAGACCCCCUGGAGGGCGUGGCCUUCCAGGAGAAGGAGGGCCGCGCUGUGCUAAACCUGCUGUUCUCCCUGCGGGGCAUGAAGCCUGUGCCCCUGUCACGUGUCAUGAAGGUGUUUGAGACCUUUGAAGCCAAGAUCCACCAUCUGGAGACACGGCCAGCCGCCCGGCCUCAGGGCGGGGGCCCCCACCUGGAGUAUUUCGUCCGCUUCGAGGUGCCCCGCACCGACCUGGCCUCCCUGCUCAGCUCUUUACGCCGCGUGUCCGAGGACCUUCGAGGCGCCAAGGAGGACAAGAUUCCCUGGUUCCCAAGGAAAGUCUCCGAACUGGACCAGUGCCACCACCUGGUCACCAAGUUUGACCCGGACCUGGACUUGGACCACCCGGGCUUCUCGGACCAGGUGUACAGGCAGCGAAGGAAGCAGAUUGCAGAGAUAGCCUUCCAGUACCGGCAUGGCGACCCGAUCCCCCGCGUGGAGUACACGGCAGAGGAGGUUGCCACCUGGAAGGAGGUCUUCACCACCCUGAAGGGGCUCUACGCCACGCACGCCUGCCGCGAGCACCGGGAGGCCUUCGAGCUGCUGGAGCGCUUCAGCGGCUACCGCGAGGACAACAUCCCGCAGUUGGAGGACGUGUCCCGCUUCCUGAAGGAGCGGACGGGCUUCCAGCUGCGGCCCGUGGCCGGCCUGCUGUCCGCCCGCGACUUCCUGGCCAGCCUGGCCUUCCGCGUGUUCCAGUGCACGCAGUACAUCCGCCACGCGUCGUCGCCCAUGCACUCUCCGGAGCCGGACUGCUGCCACGAGCUGCUGGGCCACGUGCCCAUGCUGGCCGACAGGACCUUCGCGCAGUUCUCGCAGGACAUCGGCCUCGCGUCCCUGGGAGCCUCCGAGGAGGAAAUUGAGAGACUCUCCACGCUGUACUGGUUCACGGUGGAGUUCGGGCUGUGCAAGCAGGACGGGGAGGUGAAGGCUUACGGCGCGGGGCUGCUCUCCUCCUACGGGGAGCUCCUGCACUCCUUGUCGGAGGAGCCCGAGGUCCGGGCCUUCGACCCUGAUGCCGCGGCCAUACAGCCCUACCAGGACCAGACAUACCAAUCAGUCUACUUCGUGUCUGAGAGCUUCAGGGACGCCAGGGACAAGCUGAGGAGCUACGCCACACGCAUCCAACGCCCCUUCUCCGUGCGGUUCGACCCGUAUACGCUGGCCAUUGAGGUGCUGGACAGCCCCCGCUCCAUCCAGCACUCACUGGAGGCCGUCCAGGAUGAGCUGCAGGCCCUCGGCCACGCGCUGGGCACCAUCGGCUAGGCGCAGGGC